AUGGAUAAUAUUGCUUCUACAAAUUUUGAAAAUGUUGGACCUUUCACUCGUGCAUGGGAAUGGCUCAAGGCCUUGCCUGUAAGGUUAUGGGCUAUGGCAGUCGGGUUUGCAAAUAAGAUGAAGAAACUUGGACAAGAUGAUCCCCGAAGAAUAGUCCAUUCGCUCAAAGUAGGAGUGGCUAUCACGUUGGUUUCCUUGUUCUAUUAUGUCCGACCGCUCUUCGACCGUUUUCGUGAAAAUGGAAUAUGGGCGGUUUUAACCGUCGUUCUAGUCUUCGAGUUUUCAGUUGGAGCAACAUUGGGAAAAGGCCUAAACAGGAUGCUGGCAACGUUGUCCGGUGGUGCGCUAGCUGUCGGAGUUGAUCAGGUGGCAACUCUCUUCGAUGGGACGGGACAACCCAUAGUACUUGGAAUCUUAGUCUUUAUAAUAGUUGCAACGGUAACAUUUAUGAGAUUCUUCCCUGCACUGAAGGCAAGAUACGAUUAUGGACUGAUGAUAUUCAUAUUGACUUUCUGCUUGGUAUCUGUAUCGAGUUACCAAGACGAUGAGAUUCUAGAUAUGGCCUGCCAGAGGCUAUACACAAUCAUCAUUGGUUGCUUUAUUGCUAUCAUUGUAUGCAUCUGUGUACGCCCUGUCUGGAUUGGAGAGAGUCUGCAGAACCAAAUAGCUAACAAUUUGGAAAAGCUUGGGAAUUUCUUAGAAGGAUUUGGUAGGGAAUACUUCAGAUUGUCAGAGGAAGGGCAUUCCACGGAUGAUGAUAAAUCAUUUCUUCACGGGUAUAAAAGCGUUCUGACUUCUAAAGACAAGGAAGAAGCUAUGGCCAAUUUAGCGAGAUGGGAAUUUUGGCACUAUCGUUUUGGGUUCCGUCAUCCUUGGAAUCGUUACCUUAAAGUUGGAGCCUUGACUCAGCAGUGUGCCUACAAAAUUGAAGACCUCAACAGCUAUCUCAAGUACUUUGAGAUCCAAGCUACACCCACCGAGUUCCGAAGAGAAAUUCAUGAGCCAUGCACAAAGAUUUGUUCAGAAUCUGGCAAAGCACUGAAGGAAUUAGCAUCAGCGAUCAAAAAAAUGAGACGGUCAACAUCAGUAAUUAAUUACCAUAUUGAAAACUCAAAAAUUGCAGCCGAGAAUCUCAUGUCCAUGCUCAACAUGACUUCCCGUUGGGACAAUGCAAAUCUCCGAGAGAUUAUACCAACUGCUGCAGUCGGAUUAAUUCUAAUCGACAUUGUGCCAUGCACUGAGAAAAUCGUGGAGGCUUUUCAGGAAUUAGCCUCUCGUGCACGCUUCGAGAGUAUGGACGACAGAGUUUCACCGAUCGACGACGUAUAA